CCGACAUUCUAAGAGCCUGCAUCAAUGAGGCUAAGGAUCAAGUCACAUGGAUCAUCCUUUGUGGUAAUAGUUCGACAUCAGAAUGGUAAACUGCUACUGUAACAUGUUGUGCAAUCGAGGCGAAGACAAGAAAAUGGAAAAUGGAACUGCGUUGGGUCACUUCAAACCGAUUCCAGGCGAGCCAGACGGCCCCGAACCGACCCAAAUAUCCGAUUCCUCCGUAUCUUUGUGCAAACGGUUAUGGAUUGAUCCGAUGUACUUCAGAUGGAUUACGACAGUCGUCUGGGCUAUCGGUAUUGCGGUUACCUUCGGUGUUGUUGGGGAUUUCUCGAUGUUUUUCAUCUAUCUGGAGCGAGAGUUCGAAGCAAGCGUGACCAAACUAAGUUUACUCGGUGGUCUCCCAUGGUUUCUCACCUGCUUCUUCUCUCCGCUCGCGAACCAGAUCGUGAACUGGGUCGGCUACCGCUCUACGAUGGUAGGCGGGUGUUUCAUCUGCUCGAUCGGGCUGUUCACCACGAGCUUCAUCCACGAGCUUUGGCCGGCCUUCAUCACGUACAGCUUGAUGGUCGGCGGGAGUGCGGUGGUCGUCUAUACUGCCGGUUGCGUUUAUAUCACGGAAUAUUUCGAUAAAAAGCACUGUUCGGGGCCCGUCUCUUCAAAUGGACUAGCAUUUGAAAUAUCUAUCCUCGUCUUCAGUCCUGUGAUUCAGACCACAGCGAGCACCUGGGGCUGGCGGUGGUCGAUACGUCUUAUAUCGUUUUUCUCCUUGUGCGCCACAUUCCUCUACAUCGUAUUCAUCCGCAAACCUCCAAAGGACAUGUUCGUAGACGACGAUGACUACGAUGUUGUCGACGACAAGAAGGCUAUGCAAAUGAAGCUCCGUGAUCGUGAAAAGGACGAGAAAGGCGUAGAUGGUGGAGUUGUGGAUGAAGAAGGACAAAGGCAAGAGAAGGACGAAGGGGAGACGGGUGAACAAGAGGAGGAGGGGAAGGAGGAGAAGAAAGAAAUCAAGCAUUGGAAAGCGUCGUUUAGGAGAUAUGUCGCAUUGCUCAAGAUGCCGGCCUUUUCACUUUUUCUGAUUGGAACAGUCAUUUCAUUCACAGCCCUCUCUUUCAACCUAAUAAAUUUUGGAAGUUACCUGAUUUCGGUGGGAGUGUCGGAUGAGAAGACAGCGCUGUUUCAUUCAUUCAUGGCCGGUGCGUCUCUGGUUGCACGAGUCUCGGUUCUUUUUAUCCACCUCCUCCCAUUCUCAAUUCUUCUAACCUACCCAACCAUCUCCGCCAUCAGCUGCGGGGCAUCAGUUAUCAUCCUCCUAGUAACCCCUCAAUGGGUGUUCUAUUUAUAUUCCAUAUUGACAGGAGCGAUGCGUGGCUUGUAUUUCUCGCUGUCAACUGGUAUGGCAGUGGAGCUCAGCGGGAGGGAUAAAGCUGCCGAGGCCUAUGCGUUGACCUUCGCUGCGUGGGGCAUCGGCAGUAUCGUGGCUGCAGUUCUACCUGCUAUUACCCAUCGUCUUACCGGCUCUUACAAGGUUUCCAUGAUAAUGUGCAUCGCCUUCUGGGGACUGUCCGCAAUUUUGUUCUUGAUUGUCUACCUCUUGAAUAGAAGAACACAGCGGAAACGAUUGUCCUCCAAAUCAAGCGUUGAGGGCGGUAAAAAGGAAUCGUUGUUGCCUUCGAGAGAUGUCCGCAAGGAGCUGAUAGUAUCCACUGCGUACUCUCCCCUCCCUGACCAAGAUACGGCAGUGGUUUGAAUCAAGGGUCGAUCAUUUCCAAAAACUUCUCCCAUCAGUGCUUUCACUUUCCAGAAUGAAUUAUCCUCAGAAAACACGUGAAAAUCAGGAAUUAAAUAAUGAUGAUAAUAUAAUAAAUAUAUAUGUGUUCUCAUGGACAAUUGUUCUCUGAUGAAACUUUAAUUGAAGUGCAUACUGACCUUCCUCGGACAUCCAUGACAGACGAAGUUAUAUAAUGUAGUAAUAUCGAUAUCAGAAACUUUCAAAAAGUUCAAGUUCGUUACAGUUUUAUAGAUUUACGUAUAUAUUUUUUUUAAUUGAGCUAUAGAUUUAAACAUAUUCCAUGCGGAUAUUCAUGAAUUCAGGGAAAACCUCAAUAUUAUUUCCACAUUUUUAAGUGCUUAGAACAGGCUACUUUGAAUAUGCCUUUUAUAUUACACACACACCCACCCCCCCCCCCCCCACCCCAAUAUACAUGUUCGGGUGCACUGUGAGUGUGUUUGUUGGAAAGGUGGGUACAUGCAUGGGUGCGAGUGAUGGGGCGUGUGUGUAGUGUGGAUGGACUCACGUAGCACGUCACGGCGCGCUACACGUUUUGAGUACUUUCGUAAAAACGCUUCCUCCAUUUUGUUAGUUUGCACUCCGGUAAAUCACGAAAAUUCACAGUUUGGCACAUACGUGACACGAGUCUUUACGCACAGUAAUUAGACUAAACAUGACGUCACACACCAAAACUUUGUAGCGAUAACAUUGCAAAUUAGUCCUCAUCAUCACAGUUGAUCAAUUGCAAUUUACUUGAGCCACUUUCUUUUCACUUCUCAGUGACAGGAGCGAUGCGUGGCUUGUAUUUCUCGCUGUCAACUGGUAUGGCAGUGGAGCUCAGCGGGAGGGAUAAAGCUGCCGAGGCCUAUGCGUUGACCUUCGCUGCGUGGGGCAUCGGCAGUAUCGUGGCUGCAGUUCUACCUGGUGAGAGCUUGUCCGAAUCGAGGACAAUUAAUAAUGAUCAAAGAUGAGAUUCUUCCUCAUUAUAUUCGGCAUUACAAUCCAUCAUUGUGUGUUUACAAAUUACAAUGUUUCCAUCAAAAGAAUGAAUAGCUGUAUUAUGAGUUCGAUCAAAAAAAAAGUGAACGAGCAAAGCGAGUCAGCCGAAAAAACAAAGGCAACUUCACUUUCACACAGUCAGAAGUGCGCGUAUUUGAGAUUCGCGCUAGUUUCUUUUAGUGACCGCGUUCAAAUUCAUUUUUUUUAACGUCGGGCCUCUGAUCAGUUUCAUAAUUCAAUUGCCGUUUUCUCGUUUACUCUUUUUGUUCCAGCUAUUACCCAUCGUCUUACCGGCUCUUACAAGGUUUCCAUGAUAAUGUGCAUCGCCUUCUGGGGACUGUCCGCAAUUUUGUUCUUGAUUGUCUACCUCUUGAAUAGAAGAACACAGCGGAAACGAUUGUCCUCCAAAUCAAGCGUUGAGGGCGGUAAACAUAUGAAUUUGUUGUGUUCACUUAACGCGCACCGUGGCAAAUCCCCUAUUCCGGCGUCAAAAACUUGACAAAAUAGACCCAUUUUCGGCUCUUUUAACUCAUAUCUCAAAAACCGCUCGAGGUUUUUCACGGGUUCAAACGGUUUCUUAAUCUUAGACUUGUUCUACAUCUCAUGAUAUCUGUCAUUUUAUAUUCUGAUUAAAAAAACAACCGUGUUUUUUUGACUGAAAAUACACAUUUUCUCGUGUUUUUGUGUGAGAGAAGCACUUUUUGCACUGUUUUGGGCUCGAUCUUCUCUUACAGCGUCUGACUUUCGUAUCAAAAUGUAUCAGUUCAAAGACUAUCAGAUAGACAGGUUGUAACUCUUUCUUGUGAUAUAAGGUUCAACCUAAUUGGUUGAAAAAAACCGCCGUGUUUUUUAGGUCAAACUUUACAAUCCAAUGAACUUUUUUUUGUAUUUAUCACGCAUAAUCUACGUCAAUUGAUUAGUCGCACUGCGCACGAUUGUCUAUUUUAGUAUGCCUAUCAACUAUUUAUACUCUUUCCUCUCCUAUCAAAAAUUGAAAGGGGGUACAAUAUCCUCGUCCUAGAUAUAAGAAGAAGAAGAGAACAUUUCCUUUUCAUUACAUGUAAAAUCAUGCCCAUUCUUG